AUGCCCCAGGUCCGUACCCCGGUCCUCGUACCCCUCAGGUCCUCGUACCCGCCAGGUCCUUCCCCUCAGGUCUUUGUACCCCCCAGGUCUCAUGCCCCGCCAGUUGUACCCCGCCAGGUCCUCGUACCCCCGCCAGGUCCUCAUGCCCGCCAGGUCUUUGCACCCCGCCAGGUCCUCGUACCCCGCCAGGUCUCGCCCCGCCAGGUCCUCGCACCGCCAGGUCUCUGCCCCGCCAGGUCUCGUACCCUGCCAGGUCCUCGUACCCCGCAGGUCUUUGUACCCCGCCAGGUCCUCGUACCCGCCAGGUCCUCAUACCCUGCAGGUCCUCGUACCCCGCCAGGUCUCGUACCCUGCCAGGUCCUCGUACCCGCCAGGUCUUCGUACCCGCCAGGUCUUUGUACUGCCAGGUCCUCGUACCCUGCCAGGUCCUCGUACCCCGCCAGGUCCUCGUACCCCGCCAGGUCUCAUACCCCGCCAGGUCUUUGA